GCGAGGCGGGGCGUGUACCCACAAUGCUCCGUGCUCUUAUGUCAGGUGACCUGCCGAAAGGGAGACAGAUGAUGUCGUCUGUGAAUACUAGGGAAAUGAAUAAGUCCGUAAUGGUGUCGCUGUUUGUUUACGCCGUUUUAAUCACAGGCGUUUUUGGUGACCGCCUUACGGUCCUUCAUGCUCCACAGUAUGUGACGUUCCGAGAAGGACAGUGGCCAAUUUCUGGGGAGAAGAUACCAGACCUUGUGUCUCUUACCAUGGGGUUUUCUGUGCAGGAGGAGCUGGGAUGGCCGGGCCUGCAGGUUGGCCCCCUGUUUCAGCGUCCGCGGGCUGCUGCUCUGCUGCUGGUGAGGGGGGUGGACAGCUUGCAGUUUCCCCAGAGCGCUGUGUCCUACCCACUGGAAAAUCCUGUGCCCUUCACCCUGGACAGUGUUUCCAACACAGUGCACUCCCUGUUUGCGGACGACACGCCUGUGGUACUGCAGCUGGCUCCCAGUGAAGAGAGGCUGUAUAUGGUGGGCAAAGCCAACCUAGUAUUUGAAGACCUUCCUGUGACCUUGCAGCAGAUUAAGGGUCGUCUCUCCCAAGAGGGCUCCAUCCUCACCUCCCUGCCCCUCAACUCCCUUAGCAGGAACAAUGAGGCGGACCUGCUUUUCCUGUCUGAGGUGCAAGUGUUGCAUGACAUCGCUGCCCUGCUGUUGAGGCACAAGCACCUCGCGAAGGACCACUCCCCAGACGUGUACUCCCUGGAGCUGGCUGGACUGGAGGAGAUCAGUCGCCGAUAUGGCCUGGACUCCCCGCAGUACAGGGAUGCUGCCAAUAUCCUGGCCCGUGCUCUGCAGAAGUUCGCAGAAGACGUUUCCAGCAUCUACGGCGAUAAUGCAGUGGUAGAAGUGGUGACAGUGAAAAGCUUUGAGGUGCCCCUCACCAGGAAGUCGCGAUCGAUCCUGCAGUCCGGCCAGAUUAGCAACCCGGGGACCAAGUACAAUCUAGCCUACAGUUACAACUUUGAGUACUCUGUGAUCUUCAACAUUGUGCUGUGGCUCAUGAUUGGCCUGACGCUGGCAGUCAUCGUCAUCUCCUACAACCUGUGGAACAUGGACCCAGGCUAUGACAGCAUCAUCUACAGAAUGACCAAUCAGAAGAUCCGUCUGGACUAAGCAGUCCUGGCCUCCUUCCCCCUGAUUUGUCGUGGUGUGCCCCUCCCCCUUAUGUCCCCCUCCCCCAUCGAGCAGCCUGGGUUGCCGAGUCCCAUUCUCCUCUGAUGGUCUUCAGACUUGGCAUUAAUUUAUUUCCAAAAUCCAGUGGUGGCUUUGCACAGUUGCUCACAUGAAUUACAGGAAUUUGUUGAAUAUUUGCCCAUAUUGAUAUGAGAAAUACCGAAAUCUUGCUUAUUCCUUCUUUCAUAUCAAUUAGCUUUCCAUUCCAUUUUAAACUCAAGGCACAUGUUGCGUAAUGGUGUCGGAGUGCUGUAUGUGUGCUGUUUGUCAGAACUCGUUCAGACCGCAGGAACACCUCUCAGCGAUUGCCCCUGCGGCCUGGCCUGGCCCUGCGGCCUGGCCCUGCGGCCUGGCCCUGCGGCCUGGCCCUGCGGCCUGGCCCUGCGACAUACCCCUUGGUAAAUUGCACUGAAGUCCUGCAUUUUUAACAAGCUGUUUUGCAGAGGACUGUGUAACGUUACUGAUGGCUUCCGUGUUCUGAAGGUUCUCCAGAAGUCUAUUGAGGAUCAUAUGAGUUAUACCCAAGACCAUGGGGUAUGUCUUUGGCUACGGCUUCUUAGGGACACAGUGCAUUGCAAAGUUCUGUUUACAUCAGGCUGCUGGAGAUUUGAUUGGAGAAAAUACCCUGGUGAGUUCAUCUUGGGAGUUUGCUGGUGUUAUAAGUCUUAAUGCUAGUUUGUGUACUGGUUAAAUUAAUGGAUAUAAAUAUAUGUAUAUACUGAGAAGAUUAUUCAUUUAUGAAGAUAUUUUAAUGGUUGUCAUGAUGCAUCAUAGUGCUUGGUGUGUUUAGACCCCUGACGUUGUGCUGGUACAUGGUCUGUAAAGGUUAUUUUGAGUGGAUGUUCUGUGAUUGGUAUGCAACAUUCCCAUUGCCCUUCGUGUUGACAUUCUUUUCGUGUUAAAAGGGGUUUAAUUUGCUUUUAGUUUCCUGUGAUGUAGAAGUAGAACAGAGUGUUAGUGUGUGUCUUUGUGCAGGCGCCCCAGCCGGCUUCAAUUUAGAGGAUGCAUCUUAGGAAAUGAAAUUGUGAGCUUUUAAAUGGAUGAAAGUGGCUGCCAUUUUCCAAAGGUAUGGGAGAUGUGUAACCUUGUGAAAUGUUCAAAUAAAAAAAGGUCCACCUUCA